AAAAAAAAAAAAAACAGUUGGAUAUAUAUUUAGAGAAUAUAUGGAACUAAAAUAUUUAGACACAAAGGGGUCCGAGCUUGACUGUCAAAUCUACGUAUUCUCUCUUUCUCUCUAAAAACUCUCUCUUAUAAUUCAGAAAACUUUGUUUUUUCGGUUCCUGAGAUUCGAUUUAACGGCGAUCUUUCCCUCUGUUCCUCGGGAAUCCCUCUCGUCUUCCUUCUUUGAAUCUGUGUCUCCUUCCCAGAAUAUAAUGCUCCAGAUUUUCAAGGUUUUGAUUUGAUAGAACUCCAACAAAGAAAGUAGGCGAAAAAAUGGAGGAUGACACAUUUUCAGGGCUUGGCAAUGGUACUCAUAUAGAUAGCAAGGUCGUGCAGACAUUUCAGAAGAGCUUCGUUCAGGUUCAGAAUAUCUUGGACCAGAAUAGGCUGCUCAUCAAUGAGAUAAACCAGAAUCAUGAGUCCAAGAUCCCUGACAACUUGAGCAGAAAUGUUGGUCUAAUUAGGGAGCUCAACAACAAUAUAAGAAGAGUGGUCGACGUCUAUGCCGAUCUUUCAAGUUCCUUCACCAAAUCCAUGGAUGCCUCGUCUGAGGGGGAUUCAAGCGGUGCUAUGAGAUUAGAUGGUAAAGCUGGUCACAAAAGAAACAGGCCUGCUUGAUUUAUUUAGAGAGAAAAUUUGGGGUUUACUUUUUUUAUUUAGUAAUUCUUUUGCAUGGUGGCAAAUGAAGAACCUUCACAGCUUUGUUGAUGAGGUAGUAGAAAAUAGUUAGUUUCUGUAACUCCGCUUGUAUCAGUGAUGAACCGUCUUUACUUUCCAAACUUACUGCCCACAUUUGUUAGAAAAAAUAAUCAGUCUAAAAUUUCUUCUAUUGCAUUUAACUCUGUGUAACCCUGGAUCUAAUUGAAAUGAAGCGUGUGGUGGUGUUCAUUUCUGGUUUUGCUGUUUUCUUGGUCAUGGGUAAUAAAGGUUACUGCUUUUAAAAUUAGACCUUCUCUUUGUCUUUUUCACUUUUCAAUGUUAUAAAUGUCAAUUUUUAGUUGUUUUUACAAGGAACUGAUAAUUUUCUGUCAUGCAAUUAGGACUUGUUAA